AUGUCUUGUCAAAGAGCCGAGGUUAUUGGUCCUUUAAAGCCGAGUUUGCUUUCCGCUGUCACCACUGCAUUGCUUAGAGUUUUGGCUAAAGCCGUAGCUAGCCAAAUCAUUGAAUCACCAAUAAUUCUAUUAUAUCAUAUUUAUUUCGGUCUUAUAUUAAAUGCAAAAUUAAAUCAUUUAAACGUUUUUCUAACAACGGCAAAGACGAUCUUAAUAUUUUCACAGAUGAAAUAUCUUUUCCCAAGACUAAAUCUCUUUUGUGUACUACACAUAAAUGGUCUGAAGCGAUUACAGAAAUUUUGUUUUAUUAAAUUAAGGGACCCAAAAUAUUCAUUCCUAAUCCAAGAUACUGCAAUUUGGCAUAUGCUGCUCCAAACACAACUUGUUUUGGUCAACUUUGUUGGUGUUAGUGAUUUCAAGCUUUUGGAGAUUUUUCAUGGAGCCAUUCGAAGUUGUUCCUCUAUUGGUGCCACUUUUUGUUCUUUAUAUCGUUUAAAAUUGAUCACUAGCUGCAAAUUUUGUGUAUAUUCUGGAAUUAGAAUUUGUCGCCACUUUUUACAGACCAUGGCACAGAAGUGUUGCAAAACUUCAUUUAGAACGAGAAAAUUAUUAACAAAAAAUAUUAACUGUGAAUUAAUUGUGAUUCCACCUAUGCAUUUUGUCAUUCUGUUUAUAUUUUUGUUAAGAAGGGUACUUAAAAAGCACAAAAAACAGGGUGGAAAGCUAUUAGAUUACUGGUCAUUACGAAAAGAAAACAAGUGCUUGGUUGGCCAUAUUAUACCAAGCUAA